CGGCUAUUAGAAAACUUGUAGGGAAUUUUAGUGGUCUCCUGGCGCUGCUGUGGAAAAUAGGGAAAAUUUUUCAGAGUUGGUAACAUUGAUUUUCAAAACAAACUUUGGCUUAUACUUGACGAGCUUUGCUACGAGUGAGACAAUUAAUUAACGAAAAUGCCGAUCUUAGACAAACGGAAAGGCGACGAUAUUCUUUCUCUGGUACCGGCGUCUAAGAGGACGAAAAAUGAAGUGGUUUUCAGCAGCAGAGAAAAAGCGGUCGUUCAAAGUGGUCCUCCUAGAACGUCUUCACUAAUGGCACCGAUUAUGUUACUUGAAGGACAUCAAGGAGAUAUUUUCUCCGUCGAAUUCCAUCCCGAAGGACAGUAUCUUGCUUCUACUGGGUUCGAUCGGCAAAUAUUUAUCUGGAACAUUUAUGGCGAGUGCGAAAAUGUCUCUGCCAUGUCGGGUCAUAGUGGCGCCGUAAUGGAACUUCACUUUAGCCCCGAUGGCAGUCAUCUAUACACCGCAAGUACGGAUACCACAUUAGGUCUCUGGGAUUUUGCUGCAGGCACCAGGGUAAAGAAACUGAAAGGCCAUACUUCGUUCGUAAACUCGGUAUCCGGUGCUCGAAGAGGGCCUACGCAACUCUGCUCUGGUAGUGACGACAGUACUAUCAGAGUUUGGGAUCCUAGAAAAAGAGGACACUGCUACACUUUAAAUAAUACUUAUCAGGUGACUGCAGUUUCUUUCAAUGACACUGCGGAACAAGUAAUCAGUGGCGGUAUAGACAAUGACGUCAAAGUUUGGGACUUAAGGAAGAAUGCGGUUCUGUAUAAACUCAAGGGUCACACCGAUACCGUAACUGGUUUGAGUCUCAGCCCGGAUGGUUCUUACAUUCUAUCCAACGCAAUGGACAAUACUCUGAGAAUUUGGGACGUCAGGCCUUUCGCACCUUAUGAAAGAUGCGUGAAGAUACUCUCUGGUCAUCAGCAUAAUUUUGAGAAGAAUCUUUUGAGAUGCGCCUGGUCUCCGGAUGGAAGCAAAGUGUCCGCAGGCUCUUCGGAUCGGUUCCAUUAUGUCUGGGACACGACAACUCGCAGGAUACUGUAUAAACUGCCAGGACACAACGGUUCAGUAAACGACGUCGACUUCCACCCGAAAGAGCCUAUCGUCUGUUCCGGGUCGAGCGACAAGCAGAUAUACAUGGGAGAGAUCGAGUAGCCCCUAAUUUAAGAGCGAGUUAUAAAUUAAUGACCAAAUAAAUUUAAGAGCAAUUCUUGUAUAA